CGCAAGGCAAGGGGUCGCUUCGCUUCCCUUCUCGCUGGCUCUCUCUCUCUCUCUCUCCUCUGUCUAGGGUCAACCGCACUAGCAACAUUAGUCGUUCCCGAUCUAGCCGCAAUCCACCGAUCUAUCGGAGCCCUCAUAUUUCCGGUCACUUAAUCGGCCUGAAUUCUCAGAUUCCGGUGCUUUAUUCCACCAUUUACAUUCAUUUCAUGAUUAUUCUUGUUUGGGAGGCGAGCUUGAAGAACUAGGGUUUUGAAUUAUCGUUUUUUGGUUCGUUCUAUUCCUGCUAUUUCACAGUUAUGACACGGAGUUCACGCCACAAAUCUCACAAACAGAGCAAACACAGUUCCAGGGACGCUCGAGAGCACUCGGAAUCGGAUGUGACGAUGAAGGAACGGAACGGCAAAGAGGAAGGUUCAGUUAGGGUUUGUAGGGAUUCGGUCUCGAGCGAGAAGCGUAAAGAUCUGUCUGGUCACGCUAAUGGUGAUGCUUCGGAAGAUUAUGUCGGUUCGAAGCGUCGGAAAGAGAAGGCCGAUUUGGAUAGGUGGAAUAGUUGUGCGGAUGAGAUGAAAGUGGAAAGUUCAACGAUCGACGGGGAUAAGACUUCAAAGUCGAAAGCUUUGGUUGAUUCGAAGAGUAAAAGUAGUAGAAAGCACGAUGGUGGUGGUGGUGAGAAGAAAGAGGAGAGCGUGGGUUUAGUGGGAGAGAAAGAGGAGAGUAAGAGUAGCAGCAAAGUUGAGUCGAAGCGGAAGUCUGAGAAAGAUUUGGGGCGAAAAGAUAAGGAUUCAAAGGAAAAGGAACGUGUGUUGGAGAAGAAGAUUCAUGAAACAGAGGUAACUGUCGAUGGUGAAGAGCGACAAGGCAAACGUGGUAGAGAAAAUACGGAGUUGUCUAUGCAAGAUGAGGUACGAAAUCAUGAGUUAGAGAAGGAACUUGAUAAACGGAUAAGGAAGAGGAGAGAUGGCUCUAGUGAUAAGGAAAAAUAUCAAGAUAAAACAAAAGAAAGUGAAGAUAGACAACUAUCAUUGAGGGGUGAGCAUGCCAUGGAUGUAAGGUACAAGGAAGAGAAGCAUAAGGAUGGAAGGUAUGGAGAUAAGCACCGUGAAGAUGGUGAUAGGGAUAACAGACACGGGGAUGAUAAGUACCAAGAAGAUGGUGAGAGAGAUAGCAGACACAGGGAUGUUAAGUAUCGGGAAGAUGGUGACAGAGAUAACAGACACAGGGACAAUAAAUACCGUGAAGAUGGUGAGAGAGAUAGUAGGCACAAGGAUGAUAAGUACCGUGAAGAUGGUGAUAGAGAUAAUAGACGGAGGGAUGAUAAGUACCGUGAAGAUGGUGACAGAGAUAAUAGACACAGAGAUGAUAAGUACCUAGAAGAUGGUGACAGAGAUACUAGACAUAGGGACGAUAAGUUUCAUGAAGAUGGCGAUAGAGAUUAUAGACACAGGGGUGACAAGUACCGUGAAGAUGGGGACAGAGAUGAUAGACACAGGGAUGAUCGGAAUCUGGAAUAUGGCCACAGGGAGGGUAAACAAAGAGAUGAUAAUGACAAAGAUAAGAGGCUCCGGGAUGUUAAGUACCGGGAUAAACAGUCCUCAAGAGAUCACACGAGUGAUAAGUCUGAUAUCAAGCGUUUGAGGGAUGAAAGUAAUGCUACAAAACAUCACAGGAAAUCAAAUAAUCGUGAUGGUAGUCCAAUUUUUGAUGAUAGGAGUACCAUAAACCAAAAUGAUAAAGGAAGGAGAAGAACCAGUGAUAAAGAGGACGAUGGUGAUAUGAGAUCCCUGAGUACCAAAGAGCAACAUUCAGCCGCAGAAAAGAAAUAUAUGAGCAGUGCUAGAGUAGAAUCGGUUAGUGAUAAAGGAAGGUCUAACUCACGCAAUGCUGAUGUGGAAAUCACUCCAAUCCAUAGCAGACGGAGGAGUUCCCCCAGCUCUAAUUCCCAUGCUGCAAAAGAUCAUUACAGGGUUUCAAAGCAAGAAGAAUCAAAAUAUAGGGACUAUGUGCAUGAUGAGAGAGUUAUGCAUGGUAUAACCACUAGCAAAGAGUAUGCUGUAGUAACAGAGAAGGCUUCACAGUCUCGGUCGAUUGAGAAACCACGCCUUCAAAAGGAUAACAGUCAUUUGGGUGAGGUCUUCGCUGAAAGGCGCCUGAAGGAAGAUAAGCGCUCUUCACCAUUGCAAAUGGUGGAUAAAUCCCCAUCAUCAACGAGUGCAGACCGCAGACACUUGAAUAGAUCUGAUGUUCGGCGAAGUCUUGAUAUUGAGGACUUGGGGCAGAGGAGUGGUGGUUCGAAAGAUGUAAAGGACUAUUCCUGUAGGGAAGGCAGAGGAAGUCGUGACUUGCCUAUGGAGACACUUCGAGCAGAUGAGAUUUCUCAAGCAGAUGGAGACAAUUUGUCUGAGUCUUCACCUUUUAGUAGAACUGGUCAUUUGUCUAGCAAUUCCAGGUCCCUUUUACCUCCACCCCCCUACAGGAUGGGGCCUGACAGCCCUCUUGCUUUGGGCUCUUUGGAAGAUGACAAUAGAGGCAAGUCUAACAACCGUCAUAGGAGGGUUGGUGAUCCCAACAUGGGAAGAGCACAAGGAAGUCCAUGGAGAGGGGUCCCAAACUGGCCUUCCCCCGUGGCAAAUGGCUUCAUACCUUUCCAACAUGGUCCGCCUCCUGUUGGUUUUCAUCCUGUUAUGCAGCAGUUUCCUCCUCCUCCAAUGUUCAGCAUUAGACCUUCAAUGGAAUUAAACCAAUCUGGGGCUCCGUACCAUGUCCCUGAUGGUGACAGAUUUUCUAGCCAUGGGCGUUCUCUUGGUUGGCGGAAUCUAGUGGAUGAGUCCUGCCCUCCUAUCCAUGGAUGGGAUGCAAACAAUACUGUUUUUGGAGAUGAAUCUCACAUUUAUGGGAGACUUGAUUGGGACCAUCAUAGAAGACUGACUGGUAGUCGGUUGUGGGAGACAAGAGGAGACAUUUGGAAGGGGCAAAACAUUGGUGUGAGCACUGAGCUGCCAUCUGCACCACAGAAAGACGGUUAUUCAGCUCAUGGACCAGCAGAUGAUGUUUGGACAGAGCAAACAGGUCUGGAAGCUCAGAAUGAUAAAAAACAACCUAGUGUUCAGGUGGAGAGUGUUGACAUUGAUCAGUCAAGUGAUGCUCUUGAAAGGAAUACUCUUAAAGCAGCUCCCAAAACUAUUCCUGAGGAGAUACCCAACCUUUCCAGAAAGGAUGGUGCAUGUCUUUCACAUGUUUAUCUUUCCAUGGUUGACAUUUCACCGGAUCUUACUCAACCUGAGUUGUAUAGCCAGUACACUGAUUUGAUGGGUAUGAAACAGAACUUGAAUACUGAAGAGGCUGAUUCCAAGCUUUUACUUGUGGAGGAGGCUAUAGAUGCCACGGUGAAGAUUUCUAAUAAAACUUCAAGUGCUUUACUUUUUCCUACCAUCAAUGAUUCUGUUUUGCAGAAAGCCAUGUCCCUGUACAAGAAGCUGAGGGAAGAAGCCAGGACCAUAAAUGGGGAUAAACUUCCAUUUUCCAAUGUCGAGAACCUUGAGGCUGCUCCAGCAUUGGAUCUGGAAGUGGCAGGUUCAAAUGAAGAUAAACUGGGGGAAUUGGUACCAGCUUGUGGUCAGCAAGAAGCAGAAGUUGCAGCUCCAGCUUUAACCAAGGUGAAAAUGGAAGUGUCUUCUGCAAUUACCAAUGAGAAGAUAAAUAAACCUGAUCUGGCUGAUGCUCUGGAGAAACCAGAGGGGUCAAUUGCAGCUUUAAAUAAGGUGAAAAUGGAGUUGAAUCCGGUUCCAAAGCAGGAGACACUUGAUUAUAUUGUGGAAGUCAAAUCUUCAUCUCCACAAAAUGUAGAAACAUCUGAUACCCAUUCACCUGGUAAGGUUGAUGAGGUGAACAGGGCUAGCGACUCUAAAGGCAACUGUUUUGCCACUAUUAAAGAGGGACAGAAGUUUCAUGAUGCUAAUAAGUGUGCUUCCUUGCUUUUUUCUGAUGUGUCUACUGAGGCAUGUGAGGCAGUGAUUGCGGAGUCAAUUGAGUCUGGGUCAGUAAAUUUAAGUCGGAUACAUCAAUCUCCUGAAAGUACACAUUGAGACAAUUUAUUUUCUAUGAGUUUUUGAAAUGCCUUUCUUAUUUGAAAUAGUGUGGUCUAUCAUCUAAUCUAUGCUUGCUGCUUUAUCUCA